AUGUCCGGCGACGCCUCGGACGACGCGGCGUGGCAGACGGUGGCGUCGACGCGCCGACCGUCGUCGCACACCAACGGUCGUGACCGAGGACGGGGCGACGGACGCGGACGGGGGACGAGCGAGACCGAGCGCGAGGGGGGGGGUGGAGAUGGAAACGCGUUCGGUGUGCUCGCGCCGCCGAGGACGCCCACGCGAGCGAGAGGGGUGGAGGACGGGGCGACGGCGCGGGAGGCGCGGCGGCGGGCGAAGCGGCGGGCGCGGCGGUUGCGACGCACGAGCGCGGCGUUGCGCGUGCUCGGUGGGGGGUCCACGGGACAGGAAGAGAGCGGGGAUGGUGUGGAGUCGGGAGAGGGGGGGGAUUCGGAGGAGUGGAUGGGGGUGGCGGGCGUGGCGCGGGCGGCGGCGCGGGCGACGGCGCGGACGGCGGACGCGUCGCCGGCGUCCACGGCGUACGAGAAGGAGGAGGGUGAGAUCACGCCCGCGUUGAAGACGCGUGUGUUUCCGGCGACGGGGAGCGCGCGGCGGCCGCCUCUGUCGGGACGGGGGUCCGUUUCGAUGCCGAUGUCGCCGCCGAGGCCGAGACCGCCGAGUACGCCGAAGACGCCGAAGACGCCGAAGACGCCGGUAGACGUCGCGAGGGCAGACGCGUACGAGCGCGAUCAGCGCGAUCAUCAGAAUUCGAUCGAAUGGUUCUUCCAUCGAAUGGACAUCGCGCUCGCCGGCGUCAUGCUCGCCGUGUACGCGUUUUUCGACAGCGUCAUGAAGUUCAUCGUCGUGAAGGUAUUGCGCGUGUCGCAGAGCUCGCGAAUCGUUCGAGAUCUCGAGGCUCGAGUCGCCAAGGAACGAGCGGCGGUGGAAGAGUUUGAGGAUAUCAUCAAAAUCGGAAGAAUCGGAGUGGAGGCGUCGUCGGUCACGCCGACUUCCACGAGCGAAAUCGAGGACAUUACCCAGAGACAAAAGGCAUCAAGCGCGACGCACUCAGCGCAGGAGGACCGUAAUCCAUCACGUCGUAGACUCGAGGAUGCGCUCGAGGAAGGUGAAUUGACCCCGUGCGCUGCGCUCCGUCAUCGGCUGAGCUCGAGUCUUGGCGGUGCAUGGGGAACGGGCAGCGGUGCGCCUCCAUCGUUUCGCGUCGCGCGCGUCAACGAAGAUUCUAAGCACGCACACAACGAGCUCGUCUCGUGCGUGAGCUCACGUGGUGACGAUUACAUUACUGGUGGGUGGGAUGGAACGCUUCGAACGUGGAGAUGGGACCCGACGAAGGGGUUAUCCGGAGGUGCGCCCAUGACUGGUCAGCACAAUGACAAUGUGGAGUUCCUGAGCGUCGACGUGCGAGAGGAUCACGAACACUUGGCCAUCUCUGGCGGGCGUGAUUGCACCGUGCGCAUCUGGGACGUUGCGAAACGCUCGCAAAGAGGUCGCAUCUAUGCCUUUGAGAACAUCGCCAGCGGAUGCGUGGACUGGCCGUCUCAAACCGUCGCCGUGGGUUCGAGAGGUGGCGCGGUAAUGCUGUGGGACGCCGAGAAGGGUACAAAGAAGUGCACUCUUCGAGGACACGAAGGUGAGAUUACGUCGAUGUGCACGUAUGACUGGUCCGAGGGCGACGCAACGCUAUACGUCUCCGGUAGCGCUGACGGAACCGUUCGCGUUUGGGAUGCUCGACAACAUGUCGCCGUGGCAACCAUGAGCGAGCAUCGCGGACGCGUCUACGCCGUGUGCCCUGGACCGAAAGGCGUGCUCUUCGCGGGCGACUUUUCUUCCAAUAUCAAGGUACACUCGCUGUCCAAUCCAAGCGCGAUGCCACGUUUACUCCCGAAUGUACCGGGAGUCGACGGGUGCGAAGCUCCGAUUGCAGGUUUGCAGUAUCUCAAGCUCGACGGUAUGAAAGGCGGCGGUUUACUUUUAUCGACCGCGGCAUACUUCCCACUUAAUGCAAAUGGUGAGGAAUCCGACGAUGACGACGCCCCGCAGGGGUGCGUGCACGUGCGCGCCGUCGACGCAACCGGAUCUGGCUUGGCUCCGGUGGCAGAUGAAGACGGCGACGGCUACCUGUAUACGCUCAAGGGCAUCGAAGGCUUGCUCACUUGCGCCUCGCUCACGGCGUCGAACGAUGGUAACCGUAUGCGUCUCGUCGUCGGCGCCGGAUCAGGCGCGCUCGGCGCCUACGCCGAGGGCGGCGCUCUCAGCGGCCAAUCUGCCGCGCUCCGCGACGACGCCUACGUCUCUCACAUCGAGGCCGCGGACGAACUCGGCGUGGAGUCCUACGACGAAUGA